AUGUCCUUAAUCUUUAUCAUUUUCCACACGACUCUAUCCUUAAUCGGAUGUGUUUUGAACUCAUUGCUCUGCUACGUGGCAGCAUGGAAAAGUCCUACUGUAAUCAAAACGUAUUCUAUCAUCACUGUCAACUUUGCAAUCACUAACCUGGCUAUUUGUGUUGUGAACUUUGUAUUACAAAUGAGAAUGAUUCCAAUCGAGAAGACUAUAAUUUUUGUAUCAUAUGGACCCUGUCAAUGGUUAAAUAACAGAAUUUGUUUUGAUUUGUACAGUGUCCUUGUCCACGUAUACACUCACACAAUCUGGUUACUGUUCGUGUCAUUCUGCUAUCGAUACUAUGUUAUGGUGAAGUCAGAACCAUCAAAAACUAGAGUUAACCUGCUUCUUCUGAUUAUUUAUAUUCCUUCAUUCUUUCAAAUGAUUCUUCUUUUCUUUGAUUUCACCGAUCCUUCAAUUCUUCUUAAAAUCCAACAAUCCUUAGUCCCUCAGUACAAUCUGAAAGGUCUCAUGAUAUUCGGAAUUGCUGAUAGUACCUCCUUCAAUGCAAUGUUUUCUAUCAUCCACGUGGCAGUUAUGAGUACUCCGAUCGUGUUAUGCAUAGUUGUUUUGAGGAAGAAAAUAUUGAAGAAAAUGUCAUUCAAGGGAGUCGAAGUGAAUUCGAAUACAAGAACUUUACAGUUGCAGCUACUUCGGGCUCUAACCGUCCAAGCCAUCAUCCCAUGCUUCUAUCUCAUUGGAGUUGUCAGUUACUUCAUCAGUCGACUGAAAAUCUAUAGAGAUCCAUUCUUCGAAUAUCUCAUUUUCUCUGCAUUCCUAUUUGUUCCUGUUCUCUCUCCAAUUUCAGCAUUCACUUUUGUCACCCCCUACAGGAAAUGGCUAUUGAGAGCAUGCCAUCUGAGCAUUUAUCGUGUUGAAUCAGAGAAAAAUGAGACAACGAAAGAAGUGACGAAUGAGACACGUUGGGGACAAUCGACAAAAACAAACUGA